AAUAAUGGAGCAAACUGAACUCUCCACAGACACAGCUAACAAAGUGAUUUUAUGCAGGGCAGCCAUUGCCUGGAGGGCAAAUGCUCCCCUGUCCAUUGAACUACUUGAAGUUGAUCCACCAAAGGCUUGUGAGGUUCGAAUUAAGAUUCUAUCUUCUGGGAUCUGUGGUACAGAUCUGCACAUCCUAGAAGGGAGAAACAAAGUACCUCUUCCUGCAGUUUUGGGCCAUGAGGGAGCUGGAAUCAUAGAGAGUGUUGGAGAAGGUGUAACCUCUGUGAAACCAGGAGAUAAAGUCUUAAUGUUACCUCUUCCAGAGUGCAGAGAAUGCUGUUUCUGUUUGCACCCCAAGGGCAACGUAUGCGUGAAGGAAGAUGUUCUUUCUCCAACUGGAUUAAUGUUAGAUGGAACCAGCAGGUUUACCUGCAAAGCACAGAAGAUUCAUCAUCUUUUUGGCACUAGCACCUUCACUGAAUAUACUGUUGUGCAUGAAAUUGCAGUGGCAAAAAUUGAUGAUGCUUCUCCAAUGAAUAAAGUCUGUAUCAUUAGCUGUGAGGUGCCUACGGGCUUUGGAGCCGUGUUUAACACUGCAAAGGUUACUCCUGGUUCCACCUGUGUUGUCUUUGGACUUGGAGGAAUUGGUUCAGCCAUAGUCAUGGCAUGCAAAGCCUCUGGUGCUUGUAGGAUCAUUGGGGUUGACAUCAACGAGAAGAAAUUUCCCAGGGCAAGAGCAUUAGGAGUCACAGAUUUUCUCAACCCUCGGAACCUCAAGAAGCCUGUUCAGCAGGUGGUAGUUGAAAUGACAGGCUUCGGUGCUGACUUUGCCUUUGAGGCCAUCGGACUCAUUGAUACCAUGGUUGCGGCUUUGGAGUCAUGCCGUCGGAGCUAUGGAGUCUGUGUGAUUAUGGGAGUAGCCCCCAACCGUGAACAACUCUCCUUUGAUCCACAGUUGAUUAACUCUGGGAGAACCCUGAAAGGCAGCUUUUUGGGAGAGUACAAAACCAGAGAUUGCAUUCCUAAACUUGUAACUGACUACCUGCAAAAAAAAAUCAACAUAGAUCCCCUUAUAACGCAUACAUUCCAUUUUGAAAGAAUAAACAAUGCAUUUGAAGUGCUCCAGGAUGAAAAUGAAAAUUGUAUCCGCUGUGUCCUCUUGUUUUGAGAUUCCCAGAUGAUAAAAUGGAAGGCAGCUAUGCUCACCACUAUACCACCAACGCGAGAUGAUAAAAUGGAGCGUGAACAUCCUCAGCAAUGCUAUUUGCUUCCUUUUUCACUACCUUGAUGACUCCAUUGCAAUAUAUAGAACCCAAAAUUGGAAA